AUGCCUACGCCAAAUAAUUUCAAAGGCAAAGUCUUUGGAAUUAGUGAAUUGUACAAUGGAUCAUUUUAUGCUCGAUCAGUAUAUGUCAGUUGGAUAAGUGAUACUUCCUACGAGUACACAGACACCAAUGGCGAUCUCGUCGAGUACGAUGUAUCCACGAAUACUACCAAAGUCCUAUUGCCUUAUUCGCAAAAGAAUUUGCUCAAGAUAGCAAGAUCUUGGAUUAGUCCUGAUGGCCUAUUCUUACUUCUAUCCUAUCAAAUGAGAUAUCUCUAUCGCUACUCUUUCUAUGCUCGCUAUAUCGUCUACCGAAUUUCAGACAAGCAAAUUUUCUACUUGGAGCCAAUGGGAAGUGGAAAAGAAUUAAGAUAUAUGGGUUGGUCAGCAAGUGGCCAUAAAUUGUCUUUCGUUUUUGGAAAUGAUGUCUAUGUUCUAUCCGAUCCUACCAAUGACAAAAACAUGGUACGAUUAACGACCACCGGUGUCGACAAAGUCGUAUUUAAUGGUGUUCCUGAUUGGAACAACGAAGAGGAAAUUUUAAGUAGCAACAAUGCCAUCUACUGGUCCAAGGGUUCUACCUAUGUGUGCUAUGGUUCAUUUAAUGCAACUGGUGUUGGAUCUGCUCACUGGGUGUUAUACAAUGGCAAAGGUUCUUAUACUAGCAUCGUUAAAGUUCCUUAUCCCAAGAGUGGUUCAAUCAAUUCCAAAGUAACCAUUUAUGUCACUAAAGCCAACGAUGCUGCUACUACCCUUCAAUUAAUGCCACCAACCGAUUUCCUUAACGGGGAAUAUUAUUAUACCAACGUAGUCUGGGCUUCUGAUACUGUGGUUACUGUGACUUGGCUAAACCGAUUCUCUAAUGUCAGCGCUUUAAUGUCAUGCGAUGCUACCAAUGGUCAAUGCAGAGAAAUCAAUCGUGUAUCUGAACCUAAUGGAUGGAUCGAUUAUCACUACUAUAGCCCAAAAUUUACCACGGCUGGUGAUUCCUACUACGCAGUUUUACCUAGGAAGGGAUCUAGCGGUAAAAGCUUUUUCCAUCUGGCUAAAGUCUCUCUAACGAAUAGCCAGAAAACUUGGCUAACCAGUGGAGACUGGCAUGUUACGGUCAUUUAUGCUUACUCUGAAUCCAGAAAUUUGCUUUUCUUCCAAAGUACUGAAAAGGGCUCUAUCACUAGGAAUGUAUACAGUAUCGCCACAGAUGGAUCCAAUAAGAAAUGUUUAAGCUGCAGUGUUAGGCCAAAUGAAUGUGAAUAUUUUACUGGCUCUUUCAGCUCAAGUGGUAAUUACUACGUACUUGGUUGCAGAGGUCCUGGUAUUCCAUCUUACCAAAUGAUCAAUUCUAUUACUGGAGCAACCUUCGUGAUGGAAUCUAAUGAGCGACUUAAGAAUGCUGUUGCAAGUAUCACUGUAUCCACCCGAGUUUAUGGGGAAUUUGCUCAUGCUGGCUUCAAAAUGAACUAUGUUAUGUAUCGUCCCCCUGGAUUUGAUGCUUCAAAGAAGUAUCCAGUCUUUAUGUAUAUGAAAUACGUUAGUUACUCUAAAUAUUCUUAUCUGAAAUUUCAUAGCUACGGAGGUCCUCAAAGCCAACGUGUAAACAAAGAAUUUGGUUUAGGCUGGGCAGAAUACUUCUCGUCCUACUUGAAUACUAUUUGUAUCGUAUUUGACCCUCGUGGUACCGGCUAUAAGAGCAAUGAAUUUAUGUACAGCACUUAUAAGAAAUUGGGUGUACUGGAGGCUCAAGAUGUACAAGCCUUUGGCCGAUAUCUGCAAACACUGCCUUAUGUUGAUGGUUCUAACAUGGGUGUCUUUGGAUGGUCCUACGGAGGCUAUGCCACAGGUAUGGUUAUUGGCGAGAAUAAUAAUGUUUUCAAAUUGGGAUUGAUGGUUGCUCCUGUCUCCGAUUGGAGAUUCUACGACACCGGUUAUACUGAACGCUUCAUGUUAACUCCACAAGCGAACCCUACAGGAUAUGAGCAAGCUUCCAUCUUGAAUCGCUUGGAUGGAUUCAAGAACGCUACCGUCUUUAUUGCUCACGGUAAUGCAGAUGAUAACGUUCAUUUCCAAAAUACUGCCGUCUUAGCUCAUGCUUUGCAAACUAAACAAAUUCAGUUUAAGAUGAUGGCCUGUAGUUAUUUUGUAAUCAAUGGGGAUAUUUUGAAGAAGUUAAAGGGUGGCUUAAACAAAUUCAGUAAAAGACGUAACACGAGCUUAAAAUGGAUAGCCAAAGCAGAAACUGUACUCGAGACCAAAACUCGACCACUUUACGUCUACCAGUUUAGGCUGACUUUGCAGCCGCCAAUAUUUGAUUUAGUGAGAUAA